GGUCGGCUAAAGUGGACCGACACGUGGCACGUCACGUGGCAGAAGUUCUCGUCAUCAUAAUAGUUGGCCUUGAUUGGUGGAACAUUGCGGAGGGGGAGGUGGAGAAGAGAAGGGGGGAGGCUAUCGUAUACACCUCAAGUGAUUUUCGAUCAGGUCAGGUCAUGCCAGACCAGGGAAUCCAUGCGACACGUGCCUCUGUCUCCCAUCAAAUCUACAAGCUCUUGGAGGCGGAUGGCGGGCAGCGCAAGACUGCUUCCAUUUUUGGUGAUUAAUGGCCGCCUACCGUAGUUGUAUCUUGCUGUUGGGGAAGGUUUAAUAAUACUGUAUAAUCAUAAUAUCUCAUACAAGCUUGCGUAUGCCUGAUAUUGGUCAAAUUUCAAUUUUCUACACGCUCAUAUAUCAUGUAUGCUGAUUGACACGAAAUCUGUAAAACCCUUCUUCAUCUGUAUGCUGAUUACCACCCCCAGCGUCCUGAGUGUUCGUGCAUUUUCUUCUUCUUCUUCUUCUUCUUCUUCUUCUUCUUCUUCUUCUUCCUCUUCUUCAUCUUCUUCCUCUUCUUCUUCUUCUUCUUCUUUCUUCUUCUUCUUGUUCUUGUUCUUGUUCUUCUUCUUCUGUGACAAGCUAUUUGGGAGUGCUGCGGUGCGCAAUGAAGCCGGCGUUACAGCUGUACCGUCGGAUCAUACGCGUCUCUCGGCGACUUCCGGAGGAUGCUGUGAACUAUUAUCGUCAGUACGCGAAAGAAAAUUUCGUUACCUUCAUGGACGAAUCUGACCCGGACCGAAUCUUGGAUCUAAUCAAGAGAGGCGUUGAUCACACCAAAUGGGUGCUUCGAAAGUACGAGAUCGACGGCCAAGCGGCGGCAGACCUGGAAGGUUUCCUCGGUGCCAAUGUCGCGAACUCCUGACGAGACCCCUAUUCAGGGAAGCAGUCGAUGAACAGAGUGUGCUUGGCCGUGUGCGAGUCGGUGGGGGAGGGGAGGGGGGGAAGGGGGGGAAGGGGACGCGGCGGUGGGGGCGUUAAGGGCUUUGCUGGGGGUAAUUGGAACUGGGUCUCCGAAAUCGUGAAAUCGAUCGAUUGAUCGAGUACUACUUCACUGUCCUUGGGCGGGGACGGAUUUCACUCUCCUCACCCCGCCCUUGACCCGCCCUUCGGCGGGGUUUUGAGAAAAAAAUGGCUGGUUAAGUACGUACUUCAUACUGAGGUCAUCGAAUAUAUAUUGAAAAAUGUCCGACGGAUUUGACAGUCCGGCCCGUCGCCCGGCCUUUUUGGGCGGGGUUUCCUGAAAAUGGGGGCGCCCGCCCUUUCGCGCGGAUGUUUUUUUGUCUGUGAAUGGCGGCGCCUAUUCGCGCGGGAGUAUCAGAAAUUUGAAUUGGAAGAGCGGCGUCCUCUUUGCGUGCGGCGCGCCGGAAUUCCGUGGAAGUCGUUGGGGAAAAGCGCGCGUGUGUGGUUUGGGAAUUUCGAUAGGACCAGAAUGUGGACCAGUGGCAGUGGCUGGCGCGGGGUUUUGAAAUCCUGACGGGUGAUACGAAUACGAUGGACCAGGAAUAGAGAGACAAUGGUUCGUUUCGGAUUUUGAAAUUUUGACAGCCGAUGUGUCCUUCGAGACCUCUGCUAAAAUUGGAACGAUACAGAGAGAGAAGAUUGCAUGACCCCUGCGCAAGGAUGACACGCAUAAGUUGAGAAAUUGCCAGACGAUGGAAGAUGCGGAAGGGGGGCGAAGUUCCACGUGGACGUAUCAGGCGGGCGAUUGCAUGACCCCUUCUGGUUGUCGAUGAUGAAGAUCCACGGCCAAGAUUGGAGAGUCUGGGGAAGGUAUAUGUCGUCGCCACGGGACCAGGAACAGAAUCAGGUGUAGAAAGCCGUCCGGGCAAUGGGUUGGUUUCGAAAUUGUGUGAUGGACAACGUGGACCAGGAACAGAUUUGUUGACCGGUCUGAAAUCGCUGAGUGUGCUGGUACAUCCAACACGCGGAACAGGACCAGAUUGGUGCUCGUCUGGAUGUUAUCGUGAUUAUGCGAAUCGUCAAUGGUAGGACAAGAGUGGGUUGGAUUUUGCAAGAAGGAUUUAGGGUUUCUCUUUUUUUUUUUUUUUUUUUUUUUUUUUUUUUGGAAGGAGGAGAAGAAUGGGACACAGACACGCAAUGAUACCGCCACGCUCAUUUCUUCGAGAGCCUGCUGCGCGAUUUCCUGCCACGUGGCGUGUUCCCUUCUCUGCAUGAUCCUAUCCACAAUGUAAUCACGUGGAUUAAGUAAGCAAGCCCUCGUUAGUCAUGCACUGUGGCGUCGUUCCCGAUCGACGAGUAAGUGAGGUGACUGGGAGUUAACGAAAAAGAGAAAACGUAACAAGCGAAAGAAAAUUAAAAGAACCCAAGAGCCCACCUUCUUCUCCCGAAUACAACGUACGGUCAUUGUAGCUGUAUUUAGACUGAAAGAUACUCCAAAUGCAGCUAUAAUUACCGUACGUUGUAUUCGGGGGAAGAAGGUAGCUCAGUGGGUACACCCAUGAACUGAGUUCGAAUUCAGAUGAUGAUGGAACUACAUGAUGAUGAGUAAAACCAAAUAUUUCUA